AAAAAGCAUCUGGCCUGGUAGGAAGGCGCAGUAAGAGGAACAAAAGGAGGCAGCUUGUCAGAUUAGGGUUCUUAUUAAUUUAAUUCCCUCCAGAUAAGGUGAAACCAUUCUGGAGGGAUUGAUGCUACACUACGGAGUUUUGGAUCUAUUCUUUGAUGGGUUUUCCUUGAAUGACAAUUUAGAGAUUGAUUGAUUAUUAAUCAUUAUUUCGUGAAAGUCAGAAUUAAGUGUAAAAUGGAAAACCAAGCAGUUUUUGGUGAAGGGACUUGUGUGAAUGUAGUGAGAGAAGAAGAUGAAGAUGAGUUUCGGAGCUGCUGUGAAGAUGAGGAGGUUUGGAAGGAUACUGAAGAACCGGUCAAGGAAGAAUCAAAGAGUGAUGAUAGUCUUGAUGAGUUUACGGUUAAGAUGUUCUUCAAGGGAUUGUCAAUUGAUUGUUUCGGGGACUCGAGUUCUGGGGUUUCUGGAAUUGGGGUGUCCAUGGAAAGGUCAUUGGAUUUUCCUGUUAUUAAGGUGCAGAAAAGGCUUGACUUUUAUGUGGAGGAGCCUGUGGCAGAGUAUUUAGCUCUGAUGGAUGGUCUAAUGGAGGCUUCUCAGAACAAUAUCCGCCGCGUUUAUGCUUUCACCGAUUCGGAACUGCUGUAUGAUCAGAUAACAAAUAAUAAAGAACUUGAGAUUCCACUCUUGGUAGCACUGAGGGAAAGGAUUCUAGAGCAUACUAGUAAGCUUGAUGCUUUUGUUCUGAAAUGUGUUCCUAGUGCUGAUGUUGUGCAACCGUUGAAACUAGCUCAAGUGGCAAUGGGUGUCAUCUCUUUUCAUGCCAAGGGGGAUUCAUUACUUGAAAACUGUUCAAUUUGUUGCGAGGAAAAAUCUUACUUAAUGAUGAUCACUUUGAAAUGCUCUCAUAAAUUCUGUUCUCACUGUAUGAGGACCUACGCUGAUGGAAAGGUUCAGUCCUCUCAAGUCCCUAUUAGAUGCCCUCAGUUGAAAUGUAAAUAUUACAUCUCUAGUGCGGAGUGCAAAUCUUUUCUUACAUCCAGUUCUUAUGAAUGUUUUGAAAAAGCCCUUGAGGAAGCAAACGUUUCUCACUCGGAUAGGAUUUAUUGCCCAUUUCCAAAUUGUUCUGUCCUGCUUGAUCCUCAUGAAUGUUUAUCAGCAAGGGCAAGUUCAUCAAGUCAAUCGGAUAAUAGCUGCAUCGAGUGCCCUGUUUGUCAGAGGUUUGUCUGUGUGGACUGUGGAGUUCCUUGGCAUUCAUCAAUGAGCUGUGAAGAGUAUCAAAAUCUCCCGUUGGAGGAGAGAGAUGCUUCAGACAUUACAUUAUAUCGCCUGGCACAAAAUAAACGAUGGAGGCGCUGCCAGCAGUGCCGCAGGAUGAUUGAGCUCACACAAGGUUGCUACCACAUGACAUGUUGGUGUGGACAUGAGUUCUGUUAUUCUUGUGGCGUCGAAUAUAGGGAUGGCCAACAGACUUGUCAGUGUGCAUUUUGGGAUGAAGACAGUUCUGAAGACCUAGUGACCCAGUCUCUGCAAGAAUCAGAGCAAUGGGCGUGGGAAACAUUCAAUUCGCUCCCGAUGAUCAACGCAUACUCAGACCAAGAGAGAUCGCAAUUAGCGUUAAUCCAAAGGUUCCUCUCCGGGGGCUUCAGUCUCAGCGACCAUCACCCUUACCAAUCCCCGCCUCGGUGUACAGAUUCCUACGUAGAUGCCAUGAAGGAUAUUCAUCAGCUGCCAUGGCUGGAGAGGUUCGUUUCUGUGAUCAGUGACAACUACUACGAAGAUUAUAUUCAAUGAAGGUGUUAAAGGGAAUCUUCUGGUAAAUACAAAAAAAUAAGCUGCUUGCUUAGCAUUCUCUACUUUACUUGAAUGGAGGCAAAGAGUUUCUCGCUCUAUUACUCCGUUGUCAUCUACUUCAUAUUUAUUUUAUGCUUGCAGAUUUGUGACUUGAAAAGGUCAUUGCAUAAUAUGACAGGGAAAUAUGCUUUCAUAAUUGCUGUCUCCUUGAAAAAAAAAAAAAAAACAGAGAGAGACAGGAGAAACACUGUUAUGUCAAUGAAUGGACAGACAUUUACUAUCAUGUUGUAAAUUAAAAACGAAAGAAUGAAACACAUUUUCCUUUCUAGUAUUA